AUGAUCGAUAUCGACCACAACGUCGCCCAGGUUGUCCGCCAGUGCCAGUGCCAGAUCCACAUCUGCGAGAGCCUGAUCGACGAGUACGACCGAAAGGCCAUGGACAAGUCGAACAACAUCCUCAACAUCCUCACGUUCAUCACCUUCCUCAUGGUGCCUCUGCAGAUUCUGACAGGCUACUACGGCAUGAACUUCGCCCACGGGCUCUACGGCAGCAAGGAGAAGGAGGGCGAGCUGUACUUCUAG